AUGGAGGGAAUUCCUCGAGUGUUAAUGUUGGUGCCGGAUAUAAAACUUCCAGAAGGUCCCAACUUUAUUGAUCAAGCUCAUCGGAUAAAGAAUGUAAGUCGAUGUUAUCAAAAAUAUAUAUUGAAAUGUUUAGUAUAUUGCACAGCAUUACCAAAACAACCCAGAGAACUUCAACGAAGCUGUAAACGAGUUGGAUGCGCUUAGGAACGUGAGUUUUAAAGAUGUUUGUUACCUGAAUUUAGUGUGUUUUACUAGGAUAUGACGAGCAAAGGACGAUCUUGGUGUUGAAGCGGUAUUUUGCACAGCUGAUGAUGAUGAAGAACAGAUUUCCAAUGGAGUUGGAUGGAGAAGCUUCUAUUGAGUUUUCAUGGUAUGUUGUCUAUGGUUGUGUCUAUCAUAGUAACUGUUUUACAGCUAGGUAAAUGUUGCUCAUAUUACAUCUUGGCAAAUUUCAGGCAAGACAAAUGUUCCAAUAACUUGCCAGUGGUUUUGUCAGACAUUUCUUUCGAGAUCUGUUGUGUUAUGUUCAAUAUUGGCACUCUUCAUGCUCAAAUAGCUGGUAGCCAGUUGAGGACGGAAGUCGAUGUAUGUGUUUAUUUGGCGCUAGAACAAAUGCGGUUUUUGGACAUUUGCGGAUCUGCGGUUUUUAGACACUUGCGGAUUUUGGACAUUUGCGGAUUUUUUAAAGGUUUUUUUUUAUUUUUUAGUUAAUUUAUUUGUAUUAUGGUACUAAAUUGUACUAAAGUUUGAAUUGGUACGGUUUCAACAUAACAGUACCAUUUUGGGCUUUUAGUACUAUUUAGUACCAAAAAUAUAAAAACAGUACCGAUUAAAAAUUUAGUACUAUUUAACAUUAGGAAAUAUUAAGACAGUGCCAAUUUAAACUUUAGUACCAUUUACUACCAUACUACAACUGAAUUAACUAAAAAAUAAAAAAAACCCCUUUAAAAAAUCCGAAAAUGUCCAAAAUCCGCAAGUGUCCAAAAACAGAAGAUCCGCAAGUGUCUAAAAACCGCAGAUCCGCAAAUGUCCAAAAACCGCAUUUGUCCUAGCGCCGUUUAUUUUUGUACUGAUACUUUACAGUUUUUACAAUGGUAUAUUUUUAUGAUUUUCAGACGAUAAAAGUUGCAUUUGACCACUUCCGCGCAGCUUCUUGGCCGUUUAUUUACCUUCGAGAUGAGCUAAAGGCGUCGAGGUUGGGCAUCGUCGACUUCAGUUCAGAUGCCUUAACAUUCUAUGCUAAUGUUAUGUUGGUAAGUUUAUUCAAAUGUUUUUUUUUAGUUUUAGGUCACUAAAAUACUCGUAUUCUGUGUUAUUGUAAAGUAUCAAACUGAAUUAAGUUUAUCUUUAGGCUCAAGCUCACGAAUGUUUGCUGGAAAAGUCGCUGAUCGGUCAUAGUAUGGCACUAGUAUCGGCCAAAUUAGCAUUGAGAAUAUCAGAUAUCUACAGUAGCUGUGCUCAUGUCAUCCAAGGUGAUGCUAGUGCAGACAAGGACCUUGCUCUGAUCAAAAUAUCUUCAUCAAGGUCUAAGCAAUGGUUGAGUUUGUGUAAUGUCAAGACCAAUUUGUAUGCUGCUAUCUGUGCUUUUUUCCGCGGUAACCAUUUUGACGAGGAAAAGCAGUACGGUAAAGGGUAAGUAUGUUUUGUUACAUUAAGGUUAGUUUAGUGCGAUAUAGCAUAGUUUGAUCAUCUUUUAAUAUUCUGAUUAUUUUAGAGUGUCGUGCUAUGCUUAUGGACUUGAAAGGUCAAAACAAGCUUUGGCAUUUGCUGAAAAGGACAAAAGAGAUGGUCUGAUCCAAGCUGCUGUCUUUGUGUUGGAGAUUAUGACCCAAAAGUAGGUAUUAGGUUUCUUUUGUAAAGUGCCAGGCUUAUUUUUAUAAAAUAAUACGAUAAUUGACAUAAUUAAAAAAUAUUUUGUUGUUUUAGGGAAGCCAAUUCACGAAAGGAAAACGAUUUUAUUUACCAUGAACGGACCCCAGCCUAUGCUGAUGUUGGAGAAUUCAAAACAUCUCAUGAAUUGGUGUCCCCAACUUCGUACGAUCCCUUGGACAAAUCGCUGGCAGGAGAAGACUUGUUCAAGCAGUUACUGCCCACCACAGUAAUCACCAUCUUGUCGAUGUACGAAGAAAGAAAGGCACAGCUAAAGAGAGAUGUCCAAAAGAAGAUCGAAGGCAAGGAUUCUGAGUUGGAAGAGUUUCUGACAACGCUGAGAAUGGAUCGUCUGAAUCUGGAUCAGCCUUACGAAUCCUACAGACUUCCAGAUGCUUUGUUGACAUACUGCAACGAGAUGGCCAGCAACCCCUCAGCCAUUCCUGAUGUCAACUUGAAGUUCCACGAGGUGGCGACAAAGUCGGCUGAAGCCGAAUGUAAAUUGGCAGAGUUGACGAACAGGUUGAACACUAUUACAGCAAAGGAGCUGGUAAGAACUUUGUAAAAAUCUGAUUACGUAGUUUCAUACUUUAUUCACUUUCUUUUGUAAAGUAUUGUUCAUGUUAUGUCAAAUAUCAGUGUAUAUGAAACUAACCAACAUAUUAUUACAGACUGAUACCGAUGGCUACAAAGCGAUCGUGAAAAAAGUCAAGAAUUUGAGUGAACAUCAAUCUGUAGCCAAGAAGAACAACCAAGAGCUACAAACUGGCUUUGAUGCCACGACAGACAACCUCAAGUUGCUCACCAAGCCUAUUAAUGAACUCACGAACAUGUUGUGCGACGAGUUUUUUGAUCCAGGUAUGGUAGAUUUUACGGUUUAUAUUAAUAAAAAUAUGUUAUUUGGGGGUGUGCUUUAUCUUUCUAAUCAAUUGUAAUAUUAUCAAUACAGUGUUACCAUUAACCUUUUUAGUGGAUACCCCAGAAGGCAAAGAACUGAAGCGCAUGUUAGACAAGGUGGAUGAGAUGCAGAAGCAAAGACGAAAGCUGACAGAAGACCUUAAGGAUGCUUUGAACAGAGAUGACAUUACCCCUCAGGCUCUGAUCGACCCCUACGUUCAGCCAGAAGUGUUGAUCGAGAAGCAGAUCAAGAAGCACGACCAGAAGGUGGAGCUGAUCAACCAGAAUAUGACGGCACAACCUGUCAUCAUGAAGGCCGUUGUUCACGCCAAUGCCGCGUUUGAUGAGAUUGGACAGAAAAUUGCGAAAAGGGAAGAAAAGUAAGGCUUUUGGCUGUUUAUGUAAUGUUCUUUUAACGUUAAAUUACAAUUAUAUUAUUCAGGAAGUCCACAGAAUCCGUCAAACUUUUGGCCGCCUACGAGAGCUACAAGGAGAUCGUGAAACAAACAAACGCUGCCAUUGAGUUCUAUUCGCAGUUGUUUGUCAUCAUCCAGAAGCUGAGCGACUCCAUUAAGAAUAUUGAGGAUGCUAGUAAGUGUAUACACAAAGAUUCUAUUAUAUUGUUGUGUCAAUUGGUUUGUACGCAUUGUGUAGGAGGUAUGAGUACAACUCUGUAUAUUCAGAUACCAGAUUCCACAAAGAAGCGAUGGACCGAAAGAAAGCGGCCGAAGAACGGGAACGGCAGGCUGUCGCGGCAAAACAAGCAGCCGAUGCCAUGGCUGAGUUCGGCUUUGCAGCACCAGGUCCAGUCAAGCCUGUAGCUGGAGGUAAAAUUGAACCAGAAGGACCGAGAGGUAAGAUAAGGUUAAAGACAGAUCAAAAAAUACUUUACCAAGUGUUGGUAACUUAUAAUUUGUAAUUAUUGUCUCAGUAAUUGGGGAACUAAUGUUGUUCUGUAUAUAUGUAACUCCUCUUUCAGGUCGGAAAACGCUGGAAGACUACUUGAACCACUUUAGCGGUAUGGCAGGCCUUCCACCCAAGCAGCCUCAAGCACCGUACUCCCAGUUUCCAUCGUCCCCUUAUGCCGUUCCAUUCAGCGCAGCUCCAGCAGCACCACACAACCCAUCUGCAGUUGGUCCUUACAAUCCUCCUUCUGGUACUCCUAUGGCACCAUACCACGCAGCUCCAGUUGCAUCCUACAACGCCCUGGCGCCACAUGGUGCUCCUUCAAUAUCACCAUACGGUAACCUACCAGCUGCUCCGCUUAGCUCAUCAUCAGCUACUCCAUAUGGUACUUCAUCAGCUUCGGUUCCAUUCAACAGCCUUACUGGUGCACCGUACAAUCUGAUGCCAGCUUCACCAUACAGUAAACCGUCAUCAGUACCUCAAAACCCAUCUUCUGGAGCACCUUUGGGUGCACCAUAUAGUUCACAAUCGGCUUCUCCAUAUGGUGCCAAUCCAAGUGUACCAUACAAUCCAGCAGCUACUUACAGUAGACCUUCAGUAGCAGCUUAUAAUGGGACGUCAGUAAAUUCGUACGUUCCAUCCUCUGUUGGUACAAAUGGAGCACCGUUCAACACGUCAUCAGCUGCACCAUCAGGAGCUCCAUACAAUGUACUACCAUCAGCAACAUCUUAUAAUGGACCACCUGCUGGUACCAAUGGUGUUCCUUCUUCAACACCACGUAACGCUCCAUCUCCAUAUAAUGGACCAAUUGCACCAUCUCCAGCACUUUCUUUUAGUGCACCAUCAGCUCCACAUAAUCUUCCCAGUAGUAGCACGGCUACACAGUUUAUGCCUCAGGCUUCGAUGCCCUAUAAUCCACUACCGAACGCUCAGUUUCCUCGUCCUGGAGCAUCGCCUCUCAACGGAUCUUCUGCUUCACCGUGGCAUCAAGGCCUGUCUUCUUACUCCCAACCUUUCCAACCACAGAACCCCGGUAACCCCAAAAACAGUCUAAUCUAA